CCCUGGGACCCUCUCCCUAGCCUUCCCUACUGCUCACCCCUCGAGAAGGGAGGGUAUUACGUUUGGGAAAUUGGGACCUCAGAGUGUGGGAGCUGAGGUGUCAAGUUGGGGUGGGAUGGGGCUUCUGGAGGAGAGGCCCCAUCUGCCAAGACAACCCAUCUUCUUGGCUCCAACAUGAAAUUCGAGCUUGGCAACCAUACCGCUCUGAAGGUAUCUGGGGGAACCCCACCAGCCAGCUGUCCAAGCUGCUGAGGGGGUGAGGGCGCCACUGCUGCUCCCCUCCUCACUGCGGUGUGCUCCCACCUCAGGUCCGUGCAUCUUGCCAGCCCUCCCCCCACUCCUGCAGUGACCUCCCCUUCCUCACUGCAUUGACCGUCUCUCCCCUGGGGGUGGGGGAUCCCUUCUACGACACUGCAGCCAACUCCUCCCCACCCCCCACUCACUGCAGUAACCUCCUUCCCAUCCCUCUCAGCCUCUGGCCCCUCCCACUGAUAGCAGGCUCCACCCCUCCAAACCUCUUAUCUUUCCCCUUCCUUCCCUUCCACCCAAGGAGAUCCCAGUCAUCAUGUCCAUAGAGAAGAUCAGGGCCCGGGAGAUCCUGGACUCCCGUGGCAACCCCACAGUCGAGGUGGAUCUCACCACUGCCAAAGGUCUUUUCCGGGCUGCAGUGCCCAGUGGAGCCUCCACUGGUAUCUAUGAGGCCCUGGAGCUGAGGGAUGGAGACAAACAGCGUUACUUAGGCAAAGGUGUCUUGAAGGCAGUGGACCACAUCAACAGCAUCAUCGCACCAGCCCUCAUCAGCUCAGGUAUCUCCGUGGUGGAGCAGGAGAAGCUGGACAACCUGAUGCUGGAGUUGGAUGGGACUGAGAACAAAUCCAAAUUUGGGGCCAAUGCCAUCCUGGGUGUGUCGCUGGCCGUGUGUAAGGCAGGAGCAGCUGAGCGGGAUUUGCCUCUGUAUCGCCACAUUGCUCAGCUGGCCGGGAACUCAGACCUCAUCCUUCCUGUGCCGGCCUUCAACGUGAUCAAUGGUGGCUCCCAUGCUGGGAACAAGCUGGCCAUGCAGGAGUUCAUGAUUCUCCCGGUGGGCGCAGAGAGCUUUCGGGAUGCCAUGCGACUCGGGGCGGAGGUCUACCAUACACUCAAGGGAGUCAUCAAGGACAAGUAUGGCAAAGAUGCCACAAAUGUGGGAGAUGAAGGUGGUUUUGCCCCCAAUAUCCUGGAGAACAGUGAAGCCUUGGAGCUGGUGAAGGAAGCCAUUGACAAGGCCGGCUACACGGAAAAGAUCGUCAUUGGCAUGGAUGUCGCUGCCUCGGAGUUUUAUCGUGAUGGCAAAUAUGACUUGGACUUCAAGUCCCCUGCUGAUCCUUCUCGAUAUAUCACUGGCGACCAGCUGGGGGCCCUUUACCAGGACUUUGUGAGGGACUAUCCUGUGGUCUCUAUCGAGGACCCAUUUGACCAGGAUGAUUGGGCCGCUUGGUCAAAGUUCACAGCCAACGUAGGGAUCCAGAUUGUGGGUGAUGACCUGACAGUGACUAACCCAAAGCGGAUCGAGCGGGCAGUGGAGGAAAAGGCCUGCAACUGUCUGCUGCUCAAGGUCAACCAGAUUGGUUCAGUGACUGAAGCCAUCCAAGCGUGCAAGCUGGCCCAGGAGAAUGGCUGGGGGGUCAUGGUGAGUCACCGCUCAGGAGAGACUGAGGACACAUUCAUUGCUGACUUGGUGGUGGGGCUCUGCACAGGUCAGAUCAAGACUGGUGCCCCAUGCCGUUCUGAGCGUCUGGCUAAGUACAACCAGCUCAUGAGAAUUGAAGAAGAGCUGGGGGACGAAGCUCGCUUCGCGGGACAUAAUUUCCGCAACCCCAGUGUGCUGUGACCCUCUGCUGGCCUAGAGACUUGGAACUUCUCUCCCAUCCUCCUGGAAAAUUCCUUCCCAUUCUGCUCUGUGACAUCUGCCCCAGACUCCCUGGCUGCGCUGCUCCUUGGCUUGUCUGACCCCUGCUGUCUCUGCUCCUCCUCUGGGUUCCACUCUCCAUGUUUCCUUCCUUUCUAUUCUCCUCCUCAAACUUGGCCAUGGGACUGAGCAUUCUCAGGGGGUGCAUGGAAGAAGGAUCAGGGCCUGUGACAGGAGCACCAGGGUUGGUUGGUGCCACAUUUAGAGAGGGGCCAUGUCUCAUUAGUUCUAUGUGGUUUCCAUGCUGUAUCUCAGCCCUACAGGCUGAGGUGAGGGGAGUGCUGGUGGCGUAGUCCUGCCUGGUCUAAGAUGUUGGCAUAUUAUUUUAUUUAUUUAUUUAUUUAUUCAUUCAUUCAUUUUUCAUUCAUCCUGUUAAUUUAAUCAUGUUCCCCAUAACUCGGGCCAAAAAAGUAUGGCUAAUUUGAGGACACUGUGUCUGUGUUUCCUGUGGCCAUAGGUCUUGCUGGAAUGGGAAGGGGAACAGAAAAGGGCCUUGAUGUCAGCUCCCUGGUGCAAGAGCAGCCCUUAACUAAAGCCUGGCUCCGGCAGAGGUGGGGCUGUACACCUGGGGGCUUCUACCUCCCCAAUUUCUCCUUCGCCCUAGCUUCCCUGUCCUUCGCCCCAGCUGCACCAGAGCCAUGUCUCACUCCCCCCACGCCAUGUCCCACAGUUGCCACCACCUCUGUGGCGCUGGAUGAGCACCGCCAUUAAAGUCUGAAUCACAGUG